AUGUCCACUCCAGCUGAGAUCAUUGCUGCCCGUGUCAACGGCACCUAUGUUGCUGAAGAGCCCAAGCCUGUGAAGAAGUCCAAGGAGCCUGUCUCCAAGGAAAACGCCUUCCCUGUACUUGGAGGCCGUCAAAGCUCCCCUAGUGCCGGCGGAAACACCACCCUUUGGGGUCCUGGUGUCAACGGAAACGGAAACGGAAACGGUCAAGCCAAGCCUGCUGCUUCUGUGUUGAAGCCUAGGCCUUCUGCUUCGUCCAAGUCUUCGUUCAAGAACUCCAGCGUUCAGGAAGCGUUUUCCUUGGACGCCGAUGACCAAUUGAACGUUGCCCGUGCUGAAUUCAUCAAGAUUUUGACUGCCAUCAAGACCGAGACCAAGGCCAGUAUCGAGUGCACCUCCUCCCAGUACACCAAGAAGAGAACCUUUUUGAUCACGGGUGCCCCAGAUGCGGUCAAAUUGGCCAAGCGUCUUGUGAUCAAGAAAUUGACCAAGCCUGUUGUUGUGAACUUUGCCAUUCCCGCCAAGGUGCGCUCUAGAGUCAUUGGUGCUCAGGGCAGAACCUUGAAGCCUAUCAUCCUGGAGUUCCAGGUCAAGGUGGACAUUGCCAAUGAGGAGGAACUGCCAUCUCCCGAGCCUGAGGACGCGGACGACAUUUUCGCCAAAACUGUGCCUGUUACCAUUGAAGGUGACGCUGAAGGAUGCAAGGGCGCUAAGGCUGCUAUCUUGGCUAUCGUCAAGGAGGAGACCAAGAACAUGUCCGUCAAGAUUGCUGUUUCUGACUUUGUGAAGCCUUUCGUUGCUAAAGCUGCCGAGCCUGUUGAGUCCAAGUACUCCCAGCUUGAAUUCAGCUUCCCUGCCUGGGACUCUCCUUCGACUAACGUGAUCAUCUCUGGUGACAGAGAGGCCGCUUUGGAGGCCCGUGACGAGUUGAAGGAUCUUCUUGCUUCUCUCGAGGCCAGACUCACUGUCCACUCUGUUCCUAUUCCUCAGGUCAAGCACCAGUUCUUGCCUAUCAAGCAGAUCAUUGAGGAAGACGAUGUUUUCAUCAAGUUGCCUGAGGAAGGCGAGACUGAUGUCAAAUUCAUUGGUGAAAAGAAGAAAAUCGCUGCUGCUCAGGAGAAAGCCAGACAGACCACCUCUCAGUACAAGGUGGAUGUGUUGGACAUGAGCAAGGCCCACAAGGGUAACCUUCCUCACGUUAGAGCCGUUGCUGCAUUGUUGAGAAAGAACGGUUAUUUUAGAAAGAUCGCCGCUGCCCAAAACGUCGUCAUUACUCCUCCCAAGUUUGACUUCUUGGCUGACGAGUCCAACACCUCCAUUCCAAUUGAGAUCACUGUCAAUGCUGCUGAGCCUGAUGUUGCAAGUCAGACAAGAAAGGCUAUUGUCGCCACUGUCAACAAGUUCUCGCCUGAAAAGUCCAAGGUCAUCGACGACAUUGACAGCUUCUUGGUUCAGGAGGCCCCAGCUAUUCUUGAUAUCUCUGCACCCGCUAACAAGGCAGACUACGUCGUGCUUGGUAACAGAAUCGUCUUGUUUGACGUCUCCGAGACGGAGGAGAGCGACGACUUCGAUGUCGAUGUUUCCUCUGCUGACAGCUUGCUGGAGGUCAACAAGAGCUUGGACAAAUUGAGAGCCAAACAAGACUCCUUAUCCAGCACUGUCUUGAGUGUCGACUCCAAGAAGCAAAACGCCAUUGCAGGUGAGAACAAGGCUGUGUUGAAGUCUUUGAUCGCCGAACUCCCCGUUAACGCUGUGGAGGUUGAGCUUCACAACGACGGCACUCAGAGCAGUGAAAAUAGCAUCUACAUCCAUGGUCUCAAGGAGUACGUUGAGAAGAUCAAGGAUAGCAUCAACGGUCUUGUGAGAGACUUCGAGGAGCACGGCAAGAAGUACACUUCUUCAGUCGAACUUCCUGCUUUCGUGCUUCCAAGAAUUGUUGGCAGAGGUGGAAGCGCCAUUCAAGCUCUUAGAAGAGAGUACGAUAUUAACAUCGAGCAAAACGAAAAGACUGAGUCCGUCACAGACAAGAGUGUCAAGACUACAUUGCAUCUCGUGGGUCAGAAGAGAUCUGUCGAGGCCGCCAAGGAGAUUCUCCUGAAGUCGGCCAAAAAGCAUGCCGACGAAACAGUCGCCAGAGUUAGAGUGGAGCAACAAUACCACAAGCGUAUUGCUGGUCCUCGUUUUGUUUACAUGAACAGAUUGCAGGACAAGUACAGUGUUACCGACUUCCUGAGCCAGAAGUACGAUGACACUCCUUCCAACAAGGAUGAGAUUACCAUCAAGGGUCCUUCAAGAGGUGUUGCCAAGGCAGAGGAAGAGAUCAAGGAAUUGCUCAAUUUCGAAAAGGAAAAUGGUCACAAGGAGUCUAUUAAGAUUCCUUCCAAGGCAUUGGCCAGAGUUAUUGGUAAGGGUGGUGAGACCAUCAGAGAUAUUACCGAGGGCUUUGGUGUUGAGUACCAUUUCAACAGAGACAAGGCUGCUGAGGAGGAACAGGGUUACGCCGAGGUCGAGUUCACUGGUUCCAGAACUGCUUUGAAGGACACCAUCAAGAGAGUAAAGGAGAUCAUUGAGGAGGUUGAGAAUUUCGUCACCAUUACCAUCAAUGUGCCUGCCAAGUACCACCGUGACUUGAUUGGACCAAGCGGUAGCGUGAUGAGAGAGAUCAUCAGCAAGGCUGGUGGCGAGGAUGUCGCCAGACAAAAGUACAUUCACUUGUUGCGUGUUCCAGACGAGGGUUCUGGAUCCGAAGAGGUUGUCUCUGCCGGUGACAAGCAAAUUGUGGAGAAGGUGAUUGAGCAAGUCAAGAAGAUUGUGGCUGACAAGGAGGCUUCGGUGGUGGAGACCGUCGAGGUUGCCAAGGACAGACACGGAGCACUUAUCGGAACUGGUGGAUCUGUUCGUCACAAAUUGGAAGAGGACUAUGGAGUGACCAUCUCGAUCCCCAGAGCCAGCGACAGCCUGACUGAGAUCAAAUUGACUGGAUUGCCCGAAAAAAUUGAAAAAUUGAAGGAGAAGAUCGCCGAAAUGACCAAGGACGACUGGAACGAGGUUGUGGAAGUGCCCAGCUCAUUGCACUCGCUCGUUUCCGAAAAAGCAGCCAUCUUCAAGACGUUCAAGUCUGACUACAAGGUGGACGUGACCCAUGGCAAUUUGACAAGAAAAGCAUCCAAACUCACCAAUGGCUACAUCCCCGCCCCACCAGAGGGAGCUGUGGCUGAAGACGGGGACGAUUCGGCGUUUAAAUUCACCACUGCAUUGUUGGAGAAGCCCGAGGGCGAAGAUGUUGUGAUUCCAUGGAGACUCCAAGGUGAAAAAGACGCCACAGCCAAGGUGGCUGAGAUUGUUCAAGAACGCUUGGAGAAGGCCAAGGCCGCUACGCACGGGGGAUGGUUCUAUCUUAAGGACCCCAAGAAUAAGGUUCCACGCCUUUUGGGACCCCAAGGCCGCAACAUCAAGGAGAUUCGCAAGAACACGGGAGCAUUCAUCACGGUGCCAAGAGCAAAUGACAAGCACAACGGUUUUGUCUAUGUGGUAGGCACCGAGGAGAGCUUGCUGGCAGUUGAAAAAGCGCUCUCCCAAUUGGUUUGA